AUGGUCUACGUACAAGAUGUCGAACGGGACGCAGAGUCAUCGGCUUCCAGCCACAGAAUUGAUGACGUGGGCACGCGGACGUCAACAAACCCCACUUGCCAGCCGGACGAAGAACCAAAGGGAACCUGCCAUCCCGACGAUUCAGUCUCCCACCGGCCCCAUAUCCCAUUCUUCCGCCAAACUAUUCCCUCGGACAACCUCCUCAUCCCACUACUCAUCGUCACGCUCACUACGGGACUUCUGGACGCAUCCACGUUUUCCUCGUUCAACGUCUUUGCUUCGAACCAGACGGGGAAUGCCAUCCUCCUCACGCUCGCCGCUGCCAAUGCCGCUCCGGUGGAACUCCACAAUACCGCAGCUUCUCUGGGAGGCUUUCUAUUUUGCGGGCUCGUAGCUGGCAAACUGGGAAACUGGAUGGGCAACCGGAACAGAGGGUGGUUGUUGAUGAGCAAUCUCGUACAACUCGUCAUCCUCCUCCUGGUGACCAUCCUCUCUUCCCCUUCCAUCCAUAUCCUCGAAUCCACCCACCGCGCAAGUCAAUGGAUCACACUCCUCCUCUUAGCCUCUUCGGCCGGGUUUCAGGUGGCCAUGGCAAAGACGAGCGGGGUUCAAGAGGUGCCCACGGCUAUGCUUACCAGCCCGUUCAUCGAGUUCGCUACCGACAAGGCUUUGUACAAGAAGUGGACGGCGGGAGGGUGCGUGAAGAGUAGGAACAGGAGGGCGAUCUAUAUCACGUGUCUGAUGGGUGGGAGUUUGAUUGGAGCGUAUAUGCACAGGUAUACAGGUGGAGCGACUUCUGUUCUGAUUCUGGCGACCUGCCUGAAAGCGUUGACGACGGUCCAGAUGGCGGUCUUGCCCGGAGAAGAUACGGUAUAG